CUUUCUGCGCCCUGCUCCGACUCCGGCGCGCACCGCGCGGGGACCCGCGUCCGAGCCUGGGGGACGCCGCCGCUGCUCCCCUCGGCCCCAGGUCUCCGGACGCGCAGUGGCGAGGCUGCGCGGGCCGUGGAGCCCCUCGGAGCUGCUGAGCUUUGGCGGCCGCUCUCUGCUCCGUCUGGCCGGAGGACCUGCGGGGAAGGAAGGGGAAAGCGGGGACACACACACACUCGCCGCGGCGCGCGCGCAUUGCACACUCGCAGCCGCGCGCCCCCGCCGAGGCGCGUCCAGAGCGAGUUUGGCCCGGCGGCUCCGGCCCCGGCACCUGCCCGGCCCCCGUGCUGCCCCCGGCCCCGCCCGCCGCCCCCUCCGCCCCGCAGCGCCUCCCGCCCCUCGCCUGCACUGCUCUCCCUUCGCCGAGGGGAAGCGACAACGUCCCGAUAAGUUGCAGACUGUGGCGCAACUGGUCUCGGUAGCGGAGGCACCCGAAUGCUGCCCGGGUGAGAAACCUGGGAAAGAAAACGUCUCAACAAUGAGUAGGCCACCCAUCACUACCAACAACAGAUGACUUGCCAUUUCAUUUACAAAGAUGUCGUCCGCUGCUGAAAAUGGAGAGGCAGCACCCGGAAAACAAAAUGAAGAAAAAACCUAUAAAAAGACUGCUUCAUCUGCUAUUAAAGGUGCUAUUCAGCUGGGAAUAGGAUAUACAGUGGGUAAUCUCACUUCCAAGCCAGAACGAGAUGUUCUUAUGCAAGACUUUUAUGUGGUGGAAAGUGUGUUCCUACCCAGCGAAGGGAGCAAUCUGACCCCAGCACAUCACUACCCAGACUUUAGAUUUAAGACAUACGCUCCAUUAGCAUUCCGAUAUUUCAGAGAACUUUUUGGUAUCAAGCCUGAUGAUUACUUGUAUUCCAUCUGUAGUGAACCUCUAAUAGAACUGUCUAACCCUGGAGCCAGUGGAUCCUUGUUUUUUGUGACCAGUGAUGAUGAAUUUAUCAUCAAAACAGUUCAGCACAAAGAAGCUGAGUUUCUUCAAAAGCUGCUGCCAGGCUAUUACAUGAAUUUAAACCAGAAUCCAAGGACUCUCUUGCCAAAAUUUUACGGACUGUAUUGUAUGCAAUCAGGAGGCAUUAAUAUCAGGAUUGUGGUGAUGAACAACGUUUUGCCACGCUCCAUGCGAAUGCACCUGACAUAUGACUUGAAAGGCUCAACGUAUAAGCGAAGAGCAUCUCGUAAGGAGAGAGAGAAAUCCAACCCCACGUUUAAGGACUUAGAUUUCCUGCAAGACAUGCAUGAAGGGUUGUAUUUUGAUACAGAAACAUACAAUGCGCUUAUGAAAACACUUCAGAGAGACUGCCGGGUGCUGGAAAGCUUCAAGAUCAUGGACUAUAGCCUUCUGUUGGGAAUUCACUUCCUUGACCAUUCCAUCAAAGAGAAAGAGGAGGAGAACUCACAAAAUAUGCCUGAUGCUAAGCGACCUGGGAUGCAGAAGGUUCUCUACUCAACAGCCAUGGAAUCUAUCCAGGGUCCAGGGAAACCUGGAGAUGGGAUAAUCACGGAGAACCCAGACACAAUGGGGGGCAUUCCAGCUAAAAGCCAUAGGGGAGAAAAACUACUCUUAUUUAUGGGCAUUAUUGAUAUUCUACAAUCAUAUAGGUUAAUGAAGAAGUUAGAACAUUCCUGGAAAGCUCUUGUUUAUGAUGGGGACACUGUUUCCGUUCAUAGACCAAGCUUUUAUGCAGACAGAUUUCUAAAGUUCAUGAAUUCCAGAGUUUUCAAGAAAAUUCAAGCUUUGAAGGCCUCACCUUCUAAGAAACGAUGCAAUUCCAUCGCCGCCUUAAAGGCGACGUCGCAGGAGAUUGUGUCCUCAAUUAGCCAGGAAUGGAAGGAUGAGAAGCGAGAUUUGCUGACUGAAGGACAAAGUUUUAGCAGCCUUGAUGAAGAAGCCUUGGGAUCCCGACACAGACCAGACCUGGUGCCUAGCACUCCAUCACUGUUUGAAGCUGCUUCCUUGGCGACCACGAUUUCAUCCUCUUCCUUAUACGUCAAUGAGCACUAUCCACACGACAGGCCUACGCUCUAUUCAAACAGCAAAGGGUUACCUUCCAGUUCCACAUUUACCUUGGAAGAGGGGACCAUCUACUUGACGACGGAACCCAACACUCUGGAAGUGCAGGAUGACAAUGCUUCUGUGCUGGACGUCUAUUUAUAAGUGAAAAUGGUGACCACCUAAGCACAUGGAUGACCACAUAGAUGAGACAUAAGCACAGUUGUGGUAGAGAAGUUUCUCCACUCCAGAACUGUCCACAGCAACUUGGCUGAGCCCCACUACACACAGAGAAGUCAUCAACCUGAGUUAACAGUUUUUGAGAUGUCAACUUCAGGCUGAUCAGCAGAUGGGAUGUGAAAAAUACUACCCUAUUCUAUCAUUUGCUGUUGCUUGCUGAACUGUGAAGAACUGCAUGAACUAUAUUUAAGCUGCUUUCUAUACCAUUGCCAAUCACGUUUUUGGACUUGGAAGUGCUAUUUUCCUAUGGACUUUUGCAUUAUUUCAUUGUGCAUGCAUCCAGUGAUUAUACAUAAGCAACAUAUGUAAUCUGCUUAUAUAUUUUUAAAAAUCCAUCCAUGCAAGUGGUAAAUAAAGUAUAAAUUCUUUUUGCAAAAUUAUAGCUCAUGUCAUUAAAAGUUUAAAUUGGUUUCAUUUAAAGAUCAAUAUAAUAGGUCUGCCUAUACUUUAUAGAAAACUAGCUUCUAUAAAGAUUUUUUCACUGUUUACUAGUGAAAUGAGAAAAGCAAAGCUAUUUAUAAAAGGCCUUAUGUCAUGUACAUACAUUGUCUUUGAAAUAUUUGUGAUCUAGUUUAUUGCUUGUAAAAGAGAAAUUAUAUAAUUUAUUUAGUAAAUACUACUGUAAACUAUAGUUUUGUUGAGAGAAAUAAAAUAUUUUGUUCUCA